AUGAGUGCCUCUGUGGAUCGAUACUACCACCCUGAGAAACCUCUGCAGCACCAAGCCAACUUUGGCAUGAUGGAAAAGCAAGAUGAUGAACAAAGUUUGUCCGAAUCCCAUCUCUCGGAAGACGGCGAUGUGGAUAUCCGCCGUAAGGAAGGUCAACAACAACAAGAAGACGAUCUGGUCAGUAAGUCGUCCAUGUCGAGCAUGUCGGUCUUCAUGAACAGUUUGGUGGGCGUUCAUCAGUCCGAGGAUUGGUCCUUUUGUCUUCAGGUCGAUAAUGCCAAACCCAGGGAUCUACCGUCCCCAUCGGCAGCCGCUCCUGCCGUCGAUAGUGGUGCUUCGGCCGUGAGCAUUACCCGCAAGAACAAUGGACUCUCACGAUGGGAAAGUACUCCCAGCAAGAACACUCCUGUGGCUCCGUCCACCCGUGUGCGCGCCAUGAGACCUUGGAGACCACCGCCCACCAUGUCGUCGGCGUCGUCGUCUUUGAACAGCAACAAUAGCAGUUUCGUCAGCAACAACAACAACAACAACAACAAUAGCACCCUCAACAACAAUAGCACUCACAACAACAACAACAAUAGCAGCAACAUCAACGGCAGUACCCGCAAAUUGGAUGCCCCCAUGCCCAGACCUCAACGGUAUGAUUCCAAUCGCAGCCUCAACACGAAUGCCAAACGUCCCCAGCGCUAUGAUUCCAAUCGAAGUCUCAAUCAACGAUUUGACUCCAAUCGAAGUCUCGGACAGAGGUUUGACUCAAACCGAAGUCUCGGACAGAGGUUUGACUCAAACCGAAGCUUGGGACAACGAUACGAUUCCAACCGAAGUCUCGGACAACGAUACGAUUCUAACCGGAGUCUGAACCGAGAAUUCUCCAUUAGUGACUUGUCCAAGCAACCAUCCGUUCGAUCCUUAUCGUCGCCCAACCAACCGUCCCACGUACCCUUUCAUCACGACAAGAGUAUGGACCUCCGGGUCCUCCUCGAAUACGAAGAAGACAACUUUGACGAUUCUGUCAUUAUCGAGGGUAACGAAGGACAAGGAGUAUACCUCAAGAUACCCACCAUGCAGUCCAGUCUCUGGAGCAGUGCCAGUACCAUGACGGCCAGCUUUCGAACCAUGGCAUCCAACCGGAGUCUCUUGAGCCACUAUUCCAUCUCGUCCGUCGCCAACCACAGCCACAACAACAACAACAGCGUCAUGCACAACUACAGUACCAGCUCCAGUUGGAAUUCGUCCCAUCGCAGUCUCUUUUGCAAGUCACAAGAAGAACUCCCCAUGCGACCCCCCAGUCGCACCAAGUCGCGGGAACAACACUUUCAAUCCAAUGCCUGUGAACGUGCCGUCCGACGACCGGUGCGGAUUCCGUCCGAUCGCAGCAUGCUCAGUACGAGUGUCCACCAAUCGCCACCACCCGAUACAACCACCGCCACUCCACCACCCGCCGCGGCGGCUGCCGCCGUGGUAUUGGCCAAUACCACCAGUGCUUGUGACAGUCUCUUGCCGGCAUUGAACUACAAUCAAGAAGGAGAAGAUUCCACCAGUCACUUGGAGUUUCGAUUGAUCCGAUCCUUAUCGGAGCAGACGCUGGAAACGGCCGUCUUGUGGCAACAGCAGCAGCUGCAACAACCACAAACAUUGGAUGCGGCCGAUAAUGCCGUGGGGUACCGAUACCUCAAGCGAACACUGUCCGACUCGUUGUUGUUUUCCUCGCAAGACUUCAACUCGAGUAGUAUGCUCUCCGAGUCCAUCAACAGUAGCAGUGCUCACUUGUCGUCGUUUGUUCUGCAACAACAACAACAACUACCAUCACCCAAGAAUGAUUGA